AUGAUUUCGACUUUUUAUGAAAAAUUAGUUGGAAGUUCGCAACAAGAGUCUUCCAGUUCCAAAAUUUUGUGUGUCGGGCUUGUGUGCCUUGACAUUGUACAAACAUGUAAAAAUUUUCCAUUAGAAGAUACUGAUACAAGAUGCAUUGAUUAUAGAUGGCAACGUGGUGGUAACGCUUCGAACAAUUGCACGGUAUUGUCCAAACUGGGAAGUAAAUGCGAAUUUUUUGGCACACUUGGAACAGAGCACCACUUAAAAUUUUUGAAAGACGACAUGCUUAAGUACAGUAUUGAUUUUAGUCAUUGUCCAGUAAUUGAUAAAAUUGGUUGUCCUACAUCGACAGUAAUAUUGAGUUUACAAGCCGGAUCCAGAACUAUAUUGCAUCACAAUCCAAAUUUACCAGAACUUACUAUUCAAGAUUUUGAAAAAUUAAAUUUAGAUAAUUACCGCUGGAUACAUUUUGAAGGAAGAAAUAUUCCACGAGUAUUGGGGAUGAUGCAAUCUAUUGAAAAUUAUAAUAGUAAAUUACAAUCUAUAAAAUCAAAUAAUAAUAAUAUACCGAUAACAGUAAGUGUUGAAUUGGAAAAAAAUAAAAUUGAAUUAUUGGAUUUAUUGCCAGCGACAAUUAUUUGUGCGUGGGGUGACAGAGGAGCAAUGGCAAGAACACCAGAUGGUACAAUUGUUCAAUCACCGGCAUUUCCUCCACCGCAAAUAAUUGAUUCAUUAGGUGCAGGCGACACGUUUACUGCAGCCGUAUUGCACUAUUUAAAUCACGUUAAAUUAAAAAAAAGUCAAUUUAAUGUAAUAAAUACCAACAAUACAGAUCAGAUAACUAAAACUCAACAACAAACAGAUCAAGAUCCAUCAUCAUCAUCAAAUUCUAAUAUUGUUCCUAAAAAGAUAACAUUUAAUUGUAACAUUGAGAGUUUAGAGUACAGCAACACUGACUUUAUUGAUCAAACAAUUUUACAAGCAGCCAUUACAUUUGCCUGCCGUACUGCCGGUAAUAAAAUUGGGUUCAAGGGUUACGAUCAUCUACAAUCAACUCCAAUCUGUUUUUAA